AUGAAAUCAUGAACCUGAUUAUGUAAAUUGUGCUACUAAAAAACGCCAAGUGACGAUGAAAUUUCUCAGCCGUCAAGCAGCUGAAAUACUACGAUAGCAUCAUCUACAGCAGCUGCAACAAAAAUUCGACCGGCCUAGUCCAAGUUCUCAACAAUUUUACAUUUCGUUGAAUCUCAUGAAAUAUCACUCAUUCACUUCAAUCCGGAGCCCCAAAGAUUUAGAUCUUAAUCAAUAGACCUCAAUCUCAUCGCCUCCGAAUAAGUUGCGAAACCAGUCAUCUGCGACAUAAUCACCAGCGAUAUGGGAUCACAGGGACAAGAAAUACCAGCAGUGGAGACCAAGCACGAUGAAGCCGCGAUCAAGUCCCAUCUCGAGGAGUUGUUAGCAGCGCAAUUACCCAACUCCGCGAUUUACAAUUUCCUGCUCUCGGACGCGAAGAUCCUUGCCGCGUCUAAGGGAUCGAUGACGGCGCGUCUGACGUUAACGCGCAAUCAUAUCAACUCGGGUGGGGGUAUCCACGGCGCCGCAUCGGCUGCUAUUGUUGACUGGGCUGGUGGCAUGGCUAUCGCGACAUGGGAUCUACGCCGUCGCACGGGUGUCUCCGUCGAUAUUCACGUCUCUUACCUGUCAUCUGCCGCUGAGGGCGAUGAGAUCGAGAUUACGGCUGAGGCUGAUAAAGUUGGUGGCUCGUUGGCUUUCACCCGCGUCGUCAUCUCCAAAGUUGUUGAUGGAAAGACUGGUCCUAUCAUCGCGAAUGGCACACAUACGAAGUUUGUGAAGCAAAGGUAGUGGGGAUAUAAUAGGGCCAUGGAUAAGAUCCGAAGGGUCACCGUUUCAUUUUAAUUAAUUUUUUUUUUCGACAUGGAAGAAAUAGAUCUUCUCAUUCAUAUUACUAGAGUAGUACCUGGUCGCGUUAGAUGGUCGCAUCAAGGGGGUCUCAGACAACUGACAUAGACUCAAGAUACAAGGCUGAGGUCUUGAAUCAAAAAUGAUUCCUAUGAGAUCGUAUGUGUUACGAGUGUAUGGUACCAUAGAAUUAAGCAUCGGAAGGGUCGGAAUUCGAGAAGAUAGACGUAUACAGCCACCUGCGGAACAAUAUACCCUAUAUCUUAUCGUUCUCACCUAAUCUAGCUAGAUUGAAAGAUCCCCGAGUUGAAGUUAGACCCAGAACGAGAGAUGCUAAAGAAAUAC